UCUCUCUCUCUCCCAAAGUAGGAAGUAAUAGUUCAGUAUAAAUACAAACCGAUCCUGCAUGUACUUGUCUGGCUGUAUGAACAGUUCAUGGUAUAUCUACAGCUGAUCCUGUCAGGGGAGUUGUUCCAGUGUUUGUGGACUAUCUUUGAUCCAUUGCCAGUGUAAAGGCACAGGAUUAUAUUUACCAGGUUAUAUGGAUUACUACUACUUGUCUUCAUCAACAUAAGACCGUCGAACUAUUCAAAAAACCACGGUAUACCACUAAGCCGCCAUGCCGCUCAUCAAGCGCGAGGUCGAACCCGUACUCGUCAGUCAGGUCGACAUCGGAAAGGACGUCAAGAACGAGCUUGAGUGCGUCACCAACUACACCCUGGCCAGCAUCAUUCGGCAGUUGGGCAACUUGGGCAAGCACGCCGAGGACAUCUUUGGCGAUCUCCUGCACGAGGCGACGUCGCUGGCCCGGCGGGCCGGGUCGGUACAGGAUCGUCUGGACAAGCUGAACAAAACGUUUGAUAAGCUAGAUCCACAGACCGAUUCAGUGUCUCUACGGGACAUCAACACCAGAUUGGCCUUCCAGAGCUCUCUUAUUCUUGACGCUGAGGUCGUUUCUUCACCCACGAUGCCCUCUGCCAUGAAAGCGACAUAUACGCGAUGUGAGCAAACCCCUCCAUUAUCAAAGCUGAACCAGUUCAGACAAGAUGGCAAGGAUGGGCUCAAGAUGUACACGGACCCCAAGUUCUUCUUCGAACGAUGGAAAAACGAACAACACAAAGACAUCGACAAGAAGAAAAAGAAGAAAAAGAAGAGACCACACUCUAGCAAUAUGAGCAAACCCAAGAAAGUUUUGACAACGAAGGAGAAAUACAAAGACCGUGCGUUAGGGGAAGAAUUCGCAGCAAUGGAGAGAGAGAAAAGGGCCCAAGAAAAGGCAUCCUCCGGUACCACUUCAAUAGCAAAAGAUGACAAUUCUGGAGAGGAGGAGAAAAGCAGCAAAGGAAACUCCCAUCUGGCCGGUCCUACCAAAACCCGAAAGAAAGAAACGCCUGAAUCCAUUCGCAAACCAGGCAUGGCACCGCCCCCUGCACCCGGCCCUCCUCCGGCGCCAAUAUCGAAAGGAGGCGUGCAAAAUUCAAGCGAGAUGUCCCUACCUCCCCCUCCUCCUCCACUGGAUUACGAUAACCCGUAUUCGGAGGUAGGAGACAUGCCGCCGCCCCCGCCUGUUAGCGGCUACGUAGCACCCCCGUCAUCGGGGAUACCAGGUGCUCCACCAGUACCGGCCCCUCCACCACCUUUACCUUCUUCAGCUGGCCCUACACCUCCCCCACCUCCGCCCCUUCCAGCUGCUGGAGCUCCACCACUACCACCCCCAAUUCAAAGACAGACAAGUGUGACCACCAAUCCCAGACCUACUACUGCUGUGUCCCAGGUCACGGGGGCACGAGAUGAUCUCUUAUCAGCAAUAAAGUCAGGCAUGAAACUUCGCCGAGUGGAAAUUAAGGUGAGAGACCGACCAAACGAGCCCGAGAACAACAGCGUAGAAGCUAUCCUACGAAGACGGAUCGCGGUCGAACUCAGCUCCGAUGAGGAGACUGGUAGUGAUGUCAGCGACGAUUCCGAUUGGGACGACGAGGAAGACGAUUAGGACAUAUUUUUGUUUCAAUGAUGUUGAUGCAAACUAACCCCCUUGCACACGAGGCGUCAUUUCUACUGUAUAAUUUACUGCGCCAAUCAAGGCUUUAAUUUCAUUUAGUCAAUACACUAGAGAAUCAAAGUAAUGUGUGCACCGUUUAUUUUGCUACGAUGUUACUUUCACAUCUCACGUCAGGAACUGCGUCAGCAAAAUUAAACCUCGUGUGCAACUAGCGUUAGAUGCAAAUAGAAAACUAAGUAACAAUAUAAUCCGCUUUUGUUUUUAUGGGCAUAUGUUAGCGUUUUGUAGAGAAAAAAUGUUUAAUUGCUAAUAUAACCAUUCAGAUCUAAACGGUACAUAGCAACGUGUACGAUUGUAACUGUGAAAUAGAAACUUGUGGCUCCAUAUAUAGAUACUUUUAUACUCAAUGAUUUAUUCUCUAUUUUUACAACUUUGACUACGUGUAAACUACUUUGCAUUUUCUUAAGAGGUGAUGUAAUCCACCUCCAGCACCCCUUCAUGCGAAAUUUAACUCUCUAUACAAUUUCUUUUUUUAAUACCUUCAUAAUAAAGUUUAUAUUCUUUCUUCACUGUUUACGAGUCAGGUUGUAAAGAAUUGAAUAGAAUGUUAUUCAUUGGGGUAUUGAUCAUAUUUUGGGAAUUUUCAGAAAUGAUAAUAAUGAUGAUGUAAUAUAUUACCCAUAAUAACCGCAAUACAGGAUUAAAUACAUACAGAAACAAAGACAGUACAUAAGUAAUUAAUCGUUUAUAUGAAGACACGGUAUACACGACGUAUAUCUUGCAUAGCAGCAGACAGAUAGAUAGCCUUACAUCAAUCAACUUGUUUAUGAAAAUGAAUUUAGAUUGGAAUCACACAACUAUCAUAAUCCUUUACAGUCAAGUAGACUUAUAUUCACGGGCUGAAUGAUGUAAAUCUACCAUUAUCCUUCUUUAUUUUGUAACACAGUAUUUAUUUUCAUAUUCUAGUACUAAUUGUUGACUGAAGUAACGUAAUAAUAAAACAAUGCAUGACCUGAAAUUCGAAUAUCUUAAACAAAAGAUACGGGAUAUGAAAUGCUUACCAUUCUGGCAUGUGCCAUUAUUGUGUCACACGAGUAUCGCGUAAACCAUUACAAAAUAUUCUUGUUCUAUUUUCAUUUCUCUCUUUCUCUCUCUCUCUGUCAUGUAUAAUGCUCUUUCAGAAGCUAAAACCUUUUAAAAGAAACAAUCUUUCAUAGCAUCGGUGAAUUUUUGAGGAUUAAAAAGGUGUUCUGGAUGUUUUGAUUUCCAGAUCUAAGUAAUAGGCCUAUUCAAAAAUCUUUACUUUUCUUUUGCUAAAGUUAUCCUUUUGAAAAGUAUUUGAUAUGCAAUUUCAUUGAUAAUCUAUUUAGGUAUAUAUCGGUAUGUGUUUUGUUUUUGUUUUUAUCUUAAAGGAGAUUAAUGAAUAAUUAUUGUAACAUUGACAUUUGAAUUGCUGAUGCUUAUCUCAUCUUUACAGAAAAUGAUUGGAGUGGGAAAAUGUGGAAUUUUUUUAGAACGAAAUACAUAGAAUGAUAAUAGUCACAUUUGUAAAACGCUUAAUAUGUUUCUUAACGCUUUACAUUGUAAUUCUUAUUACCCCGGUCAUUGGAUUAAAUUGCUAAUUCGCAAAUGA